ACAUUUUAAAGAUCUCGGUAAUUAUAGGUGCAUUCAAAAUGUCGAAAACAUACAAGGUCGUAAAUGGUCUAAAACGGGCCAAGCCUAUUAUGUCCGCCAAUCCGUCAGAGGCAAAAGCAAGAGUUAUUCAUCUGUAUAAGGCAUGGUACAAACAAAUACCACAAAUGGUACAAUUAUACAAAUUAGAUGUGACAGAAAAAGAAGCCUAUGCAAAGCUGAGAGAAGAAUUUGCCAAGAACAAACAUGUGACAGAUUUACGAGUAAUUGAUCUAUUGGUUGUGAAGGGCCAAUUGGAAUUGAUCAAUACUGUGGAACAUUUCAAUCAAAAACCCCACGUGAUGCGAUUCUUUAGAGAUACACAUAAUCCAAGGCCUACAGAUUUUUUAGGAAAGUUUUAUGCUGGACAUGAUCCCUGAGAGAAUAAUUACACAUGUAUGUGUAAUCAUGUAAUCAGUUGAUUCAGUUUACAUAUUUUUUUUUAAUUAAAGAUUUCUUGUAAUGAAUAAAAUUGACAUGUUAAAGUC